AUGGGAAUUCUUCGAAAAGAUCCGAUUAUCUUUGUGAUCGGAUGCACUGGAACUGGAAAAUCGGAUUUGGGAGUGGCGAUUGCGAAAAAAUAUGGGGGAGAGAUUGUCAGUGUCGAUUCGAUGCAGCUUUAUAAAGGUGGGGCAUAUUUUUCACUGUUUCAAAAAAUUGGGAAAUGUUUUUGCUUCAUCAUAAUCACAAAAAAAUUAUUAAAAAAAACCACAAAAUUUCGCUGUUUCAAGAAUUUUACAAGUUUUUCCGCUUAAAAAGUUUACAUGUUUCAGCCCCGAGGUAUUCGAAAAAAUUGUAAAUUGAUUUUAGAAAAAUUCGCUGUUUCAAAAUUCUGGUAAAUGAGAUUGUUGAAUUUCGAACGGUGCUUAUUUUAAAUUUUUAGCUUCUGAAUUUUAAUGAAUAUCCCAAAUUCAUUUUUUCGGGAGAAAUAGUUUACCAAAUUUCACUGUCUCAAUUUUCGCUUGAAAACAAUUUAAAAAUAAUAAUUUUGAUCCCGAAAAAUCUAUUUUGAAGCUCAAAAUUUUCCACAGAAAAAUGUUACUGUUUCAAAAUUUUGAUGAAUGAAAUUUCUGAAUUUCGAGGACGAUGAGAGUAUGUCAGCUGAAUGAAAUAAUUUCAAAUGUUUUUUUCUGAAAAUUAUAAAUAUUGGAGCUUGAAUGUAAUCAAAAUUCACAAAUCUUCACUUUUUCAAGCUUAAGGUUUCCAAAAAAGAUAAUUUUCUCAACAGUUUCUUACUGAAAUAUUCACAAAAAAGUCACUGUUUCAAAAAAUUGGGAAAUUUAAUUUUGUAAAUUUCGAAACUGAUGAUUUCAUGGUUUUGGUUCUGAGUUUUCCCCAAAUUUUUUUUUCAAAAUUCACUGUUUCAAAAAGUUGGUGAAAAAAUAAUAAUUUUUCAAAUACAAGUUGAUUUCUACCCCAAAAAAUUUGAAAAAUCUCAGAAAAAUUUCACUGUUUCAAAAUAUUGCCAAAUAAAAUUGGGCAAUUUUGAAAGAUAUUAGUAGGAGUUUGUUUCUUUUUAUUAAAAAUCAGAACUUUAUUCAUUUCGAAUUUUUUCUGGAAUUCUUGAUGUUUACCGCCUCAACUUCAUAAUAUUCCAGGCCUCGACAUUGCCACCAACAAAAUCACAGCCGAAGAAACCGAAGGAAUUCCCCAUCACAUGAUGUCAAUAUUGCAACCUUUCUCCAAAACCCGCUACAAUGUUCAUUUGUUCCGCCAACAAGUCUUGGAAAUUUGCCAACAAAUUCGGGAACGCCAGAAAAUUCCGAUUUUGGUCGGCGGAACCACUUAUUAUGCCGAGAGUAUUUUGUAUGAGAAUAAUAUUAUUGAUACGGCAAAUUUUGGUGAGGAUUUUUUUGAAAAAAAAAAUUGA